AUGCGUCUUCUGUUUCUGCUGGGCACAGUCUUUCUGCUCUGCUUAGACCAGGGUGAGUCUUACAUGCAAAGUAGGAAUACUUCAAUCAUGUGCUUCAAAUGUAAAAGGUAUCACCUUGGGUUGUGCUAUGAUUUCAUGACUUCCUGCGUACUACACCACAAACAGUCCUGUGCUACUGAGAACUUUUACGUCCUCACACGAAAAGGGCGAAGUAUGUAUCAUUAUUCAAAACUGUCUUGUAUGACCAACUGUGAGGACAUCAACUUCUUGGGUUUUGAGAAGCGGGUAGAACUCCUCUGUUGUAAACAUAACAGUUAUUGCAACCUUCCUGCAGGCCUCUAG